AUGGCGGCCCCCGCACCAAACCAGAUAACAACCUGCCCCUACAAUAAGGCACAUCAAGUAGAGCAUUACCGAAUGCACAUUCAUCUACAGAAGUGUCGGAAACAGCAUCCAAAUUGCAAGAAAAUGACCUGCCCCUUCGAUACAACACAUGUUGUUAACGACGCGGAAUUAGACUACCACAUCUCAGUGUGCCCUAAACGCGACAUGCUAGACUCACAAAUGUAUGUUAUCGAUAACGAUCAACGACCACAAGUUGAAGUGACUUCACCGACUUAUGUGCCUUGCGAAGAGAAUUGGGAAGAUUCAAAUGUGACGUCUUACCAACCAGAUUUGGCAAAGAAAAGUCAACAUAUUAUUAUGAAAGUUAAGGGAGCAACUCCAUCGGAGAGACGGAAAGCGAGAAUGGAAGCUAUCAAGACAUACAAAGGCUUGGAGAAUUAA